ACAUCAUUCUACGCCCGGAGACAUCUUGUCUCAAAAGAGUUCGAUCGUCAUCAGUGGCAGAUUUCAGUGAUCAUGGUAUGUCCAGCAGGAUGGCUUCAGUCCGUAAUCUGGAUCUCUGUGAUGACAACAGGUUUGCAAUGUGAACAGUAUGGCGUUACUCAUGUUAUCAGCACAAUGUGUGCUGUCCAGCAAUCAUCAGUGCUCAUACCGUGCAAAUACACUCAUCCCAAACAUGAGCGAGUGAGUGCAAUGUCUUGGUUCUAUGAGAAAUCACUGGAGGAGAGGGUCAGAGUAGUCUCUACGGACCCUGCGUUUAAAGGGCGUGUGGAGUUUCUGGAGUCUUCCGAAGCGGGCAGAGGGAACUGCUCUCUGCUGCUGACGGACGUGAGAAAGGGUGAUGAGGGAAUCUUCCACUUUGUGUUCAGGAUGGAAAAUUCAGAGAAAAACUGGACAGACAUUCAAGGACUCCAUCUAGAAAUAACAGACGCAGAUGUGGAGAUACAGCCAGAUGUUGUAACGGAGGGAGACGGGAUGUUGCUUACCUGUGGGUCAUGUAUCCCCUCCAUCAUUUUACCAACGUAUAUCUGGAUGAAAGAUGGCCGUUUGCUCAGUCAGGACCAUGGGAACAACAUGCUUUAUCUGUGUCCUGUCAGGCUGGAGGACGGAGGACAAUAUUCCUGCACUAUAAGCGGUCAUGAGAGACUCAACUCCUCAACUGUUAACAUCAAUGUUAGACCUGGAUACUCACCCAGGAAUGUCUCAGUGUCCAUGAGUGGAUCUGGUGAAAGAGUUUUGGGUGAUUCAGUGAAUCUGACCUGCAGCAGUGAUUCAAACCCACCUGAUCACAUCUACACCUGGUUUAAGGUGAAUGAAAGUUCAUCUGUUGGAUCGGGACAGAGUUACAGUGCACUACAGAGUGGAUUCUUCUACUGUGUGGCUCAGAAUCAACAUGGAUCUCAGAGAUCAGCUGCUCUAUCAGUCUCUGUUGCAGAAGGAAAAAUCCCAGUUUUGAUAUUAGUCAUUUCAGCGGCGUUUCUUACUUCUGUGAUACUGAUGGUUGGCAUCGCGCUGCUUAUAAGGAGGAAAAGAGUUUCUCCAUCAGAAGAGCAAAACAACAGAGGAUUACAACUCAAAGCAAAGGUCGAGUCUCCUGAGGGAACCUACAUGACCCUUGACCCCAUGUCCAGAUGCUCAGAUUAUGACACACUGCAUAACAUGAAGAGAUCCUGCAAUAACACAGACGACACUGAAUCUAAGGAUCCGACAUAUUAUAACACAGAUGAUUAAAUAUUCCACCUCUGUCAUUUUCAUUUAUUAAGUUAAAUGUAUUUCAACUCAUCCUGAUUUAGUUUGAACUCUUAGUUUGACUCUUGUGAGCUCUAUUGUCAUCUUUGCAUCUUUUGAAAUCAUUGCAUCGCUUGCAUUUAUUGGUUGUAUGCAGUAAUAUACUAAUAUGAUGAAUUAUUAUUGAGAAUUUGAUCUAUAAACUUAGAUUUGACUUUGCCUGUACAGAUGUUUGUUACAGAGUAUCUCCAUAUAUUUAAUGCUGAAUUAUAAAAUAAUAUAGUGUGUUUUGUGUUCAUGUGGUUACAUGUAUGUGCCUGUAAUGUGCUGUCUGCUCUUUGAGAGCUGAAUUCUGUUGAGUGAAGCUGCUGUGCGAGGUGUUGCUGAUGCUGUAUUUUACUCCACAGUGACAUGUAAAGCGGUUUGAGACGC